GCGAAGAUUUUACUUGUUUUGUAGGAGCUGAGACAACAAGUCUCUAUCGAAGAACAGACAUUCAGGAUAUUAUACAGAAAAAGAAUUAGUGUUUGGUGAGUCUUUGCAUUUUUCAACUUUAAACCCUAUCAGCACAAAUGGCUGAGAAGAUUUCUCUUGUUGAAAGUUUCCUGAGCUGUAAUGUUUGUUCAGAGACGUUCAGAGAUCCUGUGUCUCUGAGCUGCAGCCACAGCUUCUGUUCAAGCUGCCUGACACAAUUCUGGGAACAAGCUGGAAACAAGAACUGUCCCAUCUGUAAAAGAAGAUCUUUGGAGGAUAACCCAACUAUUAACCUUUCUCUCAAAGAACUGGCUGACUCGUUUGCUGGAAGAAAAAAUAGUGAUUCACCUGAAGGAGAACAGGAAAAAGAAGACAAAAAGGAGGAGGUUGUGUGUGAUAAACAUCCAGACGUCCCUUAUUGGUUCUGUAAGGAUGAAGACAGAGCUGUGUGUCCUGUCUGUGACUUUUCUCUGCACCACAGUCACCAGGUGGUUCCUGUAGAACAAGCAGCCAGUGACCUGAAGGAGCAGCUGAAAUCUGACUUAAAGUCUCUACAGGACAAGAGGAGCAAAUACAAACAAGUGGAGCAAAGCUACAAUGAAAUGAUCCAACACUCCAAGAAGCAGCUGUCGUCCACAGAGAAGCAGAUCAGAGCAGAGUUCAAGCAGCUCCACCACUUCCUGGAAGAGGAAGAGGAGUCCAGACUGGCAGCUCUGAGGGAGGAAGAGGAGCAGAAGAGGAAGACUAUGAGCAGAGAGAUGAAGAGGAUUGAGGAGCACAUCUCCUCUCUGUCAGACAGUAUCUGUGCUGUUGAAGAAGAGCUGCACAAAGACCACGUGCCGUUCCUCAGCAGUUAUAAAGCCACUCAGACCAGAGCCAGAGCCCAGAGCUCAGUGUCAGAUCCACAGCUGCUCUCAGGAGCAUUGAUAGAUGUGGCCAAACACCUGGGCAACCUGUCCUUCAGAGUCUGGGACAAGAUGAAGGACAAGGUCCACUUCAGGCCCGUCAUUCUGGACCCAAAUACUGCACAUGGAGAACUCCAUCUGUCUGAUGAUCUGACCAGUGUGAGACGUGGAAACACAGACCAGCAGCUUCCUGAUAAUCCAGAGAGAUUCACUGAGUGUCCUGAUGUUCUGGGCUCUGAGGGCUUCAGCUCAGGGAAACACAGCUGGGAGGUGGAGGUGGGAGAUCAUCCUGACUGGAUUGUGGGUUUGGCUAAAGAAUCAGUUGAGAGGAAAGGAGAACAUUUAGCUUCACCUAAAUAUGGAAUCUGGUGUUUAUUUCAUCGUGAUGGUAAAUACACUAAUGGUUGUGGUAAAACUGUGACAGUGAAGAAGAGUCUCCAGAGGAUCAGAGUCCAGCUGGACUAUAACAGGGGGGAGGUGUCCUUCUAUGACCAUGAAGACAUGACUCACAUCUACACUCACAGAGACACUUUCACUGAGAAACUCUUCCCAUAUUUCUAUAUUGGAGAAGCUGCUGAUGCCAAAACC